AUGGAAUAUGCUUAUCAAGUGUUGGAUACAUUUAAAACCCAGGACUGUGCAGCACGUCAGGAAUCCUCACAAAAGAAGCCGCGGUUAACAUAUGAGGAAAUUAUUGUGCAAGAAAAGUGUAGUGGAACGGAAGAAACUCAACUGCGCGAGGAAGAAUAUUAUGAACAUGACGAAAAUGGAGAGCUGGGAGAAUCUCCCCGUUACAAAACUGAACGUUCAGGGGUGUGGACUGAAGCAGCUACAAAGCAGCUUAUUCUUAUAUAUAAACAUUUAUAUCCAAAGAUACAGUCUGGACAACUUGCAACUAAAAAUGUUUGGCCGAAACUCGAGUCCUUAAUGCAGGAAAACAACUACCAUUUCAGCAGCAAACAAAUUGCGACAAAAGUCGAUACUCUUAAAAGAAGGUAUAAGGAUAUAAAAGAUUAUAAUGCAAAGUCAGGCAAUGAUUUGAAAAGUUGGAUGUACUACGACGAUAUGGAAGACAUUUUCGGCACCCAGCCUUGGGCAAGGCCUUUGUCUACUGUAUCAUCAGCAACUAAGACCGCAUCAGAAUUAGAUGAUGAGGCAACAGGUAUAAAAUAUAAAAAAGGCGGAUUUCCUUAA